AUGGUUAUCAUGAGGUUUGGAGCUUCGACGAGACCUUUUCUAUUCAAGCUGGUUCCUAGUUGGUACUACCACCAGAACGCAAGUAAGGUUCUCGAACAAGAUAAAGGAUUCCUUGCAUCCCAAAACGAGGUUCUAAUGAAGGGGAAGGUCCCCACCAAGGGCUUGUACCUAAAUCUACGGUCAUCUGACACUUCGGUUGCACAGUAUCGGAAGUGGAUGGAUAGUGUAGGGCAUGGAAUGCCUUACUAUAUUGGGCAAAACACUAUCUCACUACCUAAAGACCCUGCUGUGGUUGAACACACCCCGGCAGGACUGAUCGCGGGGAUUUCCGCUUCCACGCCUGCCAAGGGGCGAUUUGGCACCAUGCAUGUUCCGAAGCCCACCAACCGCUACUUCCGCCACAUAGUGCAUUGCAAGGGAUGUAGAAAUGCCGUGAAAGCAUUUCGAGCUUGCAAGAACAUGCUUUCCAUAUUGUCUGUUGCUUCUGCAGCAUUGGCUGUUCUGGCGUCAGCAAGACAGUGGAAGGUCCUACUUUUGGCAUUGGCGACGGUGUUCUUGGCUGGAGCAUAUGCGUUUGCAAGUCAAGUUUCCCUCAAUACAACCAACUUCAUUAGGAAGCACAGGAGAUUAUGA